AUGGGUGUGCUGUUGUUCUUCGCCUUGCAAAACGAAGGGGUUAAUUUGAAGUGCCCUACACCCUUCUGUAUCUGGUCGGAAUCGGCGAUGAGCAGCAAGGCGGCGGCGAUGAGCAACAAGGCGGCAGCGGCGAUCUACUGUGGUGGUCGGAUUCUGUUCCAGCGGCUCCGGUUACUAUGUAUCGGGUCGGAAUCGGCGGAGAAAGUGAAUGGGUGUGGAGAGGGGCCCGGUGAUGGCCGAAAUCUAUGGUUGCGGGUUGUCUUCGUUGUCGGAAAGUCUCUACCUUCAUUGGUGGUUUUCUCAAUUCAGAAAAAAACGAAGAAGGGGGAAAUAGAUUAG